UUCAUGUUUUCGAGUUGUCAAAGUGGCAAAGUAGGUGUUUUGGCUGGUCGCAGUGUUUGUUUUGUGCCUGCUUUUGCAUUCUUAAAUUAAUUAACAAGUGCAGUUCGCGUGUGUUCCGUAUGUGCAAAUAGUAGAGCAAGUCCGUCCGUCGCGAUUAGAUUGUGUCACGAAUGAUUCCACACCAUGUAUUUCCCGAUCGGUUGGCCAAAAUUAGUUGAUACCGCGAUUAUCGGUGCUGGCGCUGGACCCGCGACUACGACGACAAUUCGCCAGAUAUGCUGCGACCGAGUGAAAAUCCUCCUGGCCGUGCUAUCCGACGAUUUCCUGGGCAUCUGGUACACGAAGCCUCUCGUUCCGAUUGCAUAUCAGCGUCGAACUCACAAGUCGUUGGAGAAAGAAGGGAGCAAUAAACUUCUUGCAUGGAAACCAGACUCGGGAAUGAUAGUGGUCGCGACCGACACCGGCUACUUGAAGUUCUACUCGCUGGAAGUGAUUGAGUCUCAGAAGGGGGUGUACAAUCAAGUGGACCCGCCGCUGCAGAACUUGAGACGCGAUAGUGCCGAGCUCUUCAUCAAAGAAAUCAUUCCGUCGCUGCUUCUCAAACCGGCAUAUACUGUUGCCCUCUAUGUCGAAGUCAAUUCAAUAGCAUGUGUUAGCGCUUACCAAAUUAUGGUGGCGACAAAAAGUGAAAAAAUAUUCAAAAUCAAAUGGAAUGGAGCUGAAGAACGCGACUAUACAAUCGAUUUAAAAAGAACUCCGUUUAGUAUAAAUCAACAAGUUAGUUACGCUGUGCCAAUUACUGAAGCAAAUACCUUUGUUACCUGUUUAGAAUAUUCACCUCUUGUUGGAGGUUUUGCAAUAACAUUAAAUGAUGGUAGAGCCGCAUUUUUAACGGCUCCAAGUUUAAAAUUUGAUCCGAAUCAAGUUCAAGGAAUUUGGGCCCCCACAAUAGAGGAUGCGACCUGCUGUAGUGUAAAUCAUAAGUUUCGUUUGAUCGCUUUCGGCCAGAAAAAUUCUCAGGCCUCUGUGUAUACAAUCGAGGAGUCCGUGGGUGGAUUGGAACUAUCACAUAAACUUGUGCUUAGUCCAAAAGAUUUCCCAGGACUUCCAGGGCCUGUGAACGACAUGAAAUGGACACCUGAUGGAUGUGCGAUCGCCUUAUCAUGGGCCAAUGGAGGUAUAUCGGUGUGGAGCACGUUUGGUGCUAUGCUCAUGUGUUCGCUUGGUUGGGACUAUGGUGUCCAUACGGAUUUAACGAAACAUAAUCCUCUGAACAUUACCCAGAUGGAAUGGUCUACCGAAGGCUAUCAAUUAUUUUUAUUACAAAAAUCAAAUCCUCAAGACAUGUCAAUUGAAAAUGGAAAUGUUGAAUCAGAUCAUAGUUCAGCUGGAAGUGGAGAAGAAACUCGUGCAACGAUAGACAUUUUACAGUUAGAUUUUGUUAAAAGUACAUUAAGUGUUAAUCCAUGUAUGGCUACUCAUAGUCACAUACUUUUGCAAGGCGACGAUAAAUUGUAUAUAAGCCAAGGAAAUAGUUUAGAGAAAAUUUAUUUGAGUUCAAAAGGUUUUGUGCCAGGAAAUCAAACAAAUGACUUAGGAAUAAAUAAUUUAUGGAAAGGAGAUGAUAGUUUUGAAAUUGGCAAACAAAUGAACGUUACAAGUAUGUUAGGUGAAAGUAAGCAUUGGACAGUGGUCCAACUACCCGUUGCUUACGCUGCAACAAACUGGCCAAUACGAUAUUCAGCUAUUGAUAAAGAUGGCGUUAAUGUAGCAGUUGCUGGCAGGACCGGACUUGCACAUUAUUCUGUAACGAAUAGGAAGUGGAAAUUGUUUGGAAACGAAACCCAAGAAAAAGAUUUCGUUGUUACCGGAGGGCUGUUAUGGUGGAAUGAUUUUAUUGUUAUGGGUUGCUUUAGCUUAGUUGACCUCUGUGAUGAAAUACGUGUGUACCCGAAAGAAUGCAAAUUGGAUAAUCGUUUUGGACAUCGAACUGAAGUAAAAGCUCCAGUCAUGCUUAUAAAUGUUUUUAAAAAUCAGUUGGUUGUUUUGUCGGCUGAUGGUAUUGUUUCAACAUUUUCAAUGACCAUAACAGGAAAUACAACAGUUGAUAUUCGAUAUUUGUAUCAAGUUGAUAUUCGUAAUAUUUGUAUGCAUUCGGCAUGUGUUGUUUCAAUAAACGUAACUAAUCUCAAGCAUGAGACGGCAUCAAAAACAGCAGCUCAAGCUGCAUCGAGUAGCGAAACGAUAGUUUUGAAUGUAUCCGGAAGAAUACUCAUGGUGAUAAGGGAGAGUAAUUCAAAUCCAGUAAUACCAUUGAAUUCAACGUGCUUGGCUUCAUGUGUGGAAUGUGUAUGGCUAUCAACAUCAGAACGAAGCCAUAUGAAAGAAUCUUUGUGGCUAUUUUGCGGAAUCCAUGGAAUGCGAGUUUGGUUGCCGGUGUUGCCAUGUGAAGAUGACGUCCAGAGAACAUAUCGACAUACUUUCAUGUCAAAACGUAUAAUGUUAUCUUUCAGUUUAAAAGUAUAUCCCUUAGCAAUUCUUUUUGAAGACGUUAUGAUUGUGGGAGUAGAAAAUGACACAGUUUUAUACACGAGUGAUUCCAAUUCACAUUUUUCAAUACCGUUUUCGAUAUUGGAAAGGAAGAGUCAAGUUUAUCUACAUCAAAUUUUACGACAAUUAAUUCGAAGAAAUUUAGGAUACAAUGCAUGGGAAAUAGCUCGGUGUUGUACAAAUUUACCAUAUUUUCCGCAUUCAUUGGAGUUACUUUUACAUGAGGUGCUUGAAGAUGAAGCGACAAGCAAGGAACCAAUUCCAGAUGCACUGUUGCCUAGUGUGCUUGAGUUUAUUCAGGAGUUCCCGGUUUACUUGCAGACAAUAGUGCAAUGUGCUCGUAAAACUGAAAUAGCACUGUGGCACUACCUUUUUGCUGCUGCGGGCAAGCCGAAAGAACUCUUUCAACAAUGUCUUUCUGUGAAUCAACUUGAAACUGCGGCUAGUUACUUAAUAAUACUUCAGAAUCUUGAACCGUCCGCCGUAAGUAGACAGUAUGCUACUUUAUUACUAGACACGGCAUUAGAAAAUAAAAAAUGGGACCUGGCUAAAGACUUGGUCCGUUUCCUACGUGCAAUUGACCCCAAUGACGUUGAAUCGCCCCGUAAUUCAUUCACAAUGAGUAGUAAAUUUGGUUAUCCGCAACUUAGUCAACUCAUAAGUCCAGAUGCUGAAGAUUUAAGUUUAAUUUUGGGUACUAUGACGCGUGGACGUAGUUUUUCAACUACAGUCACGCCAAAAGCCCAGUCGCAAAAUACUCAACAACCAACUCAAGGUGCCAAAGACAAAACGACAACUGCUUUAAACUCCGGCGAGGUGCAAAGAAGGAAGAAAAGUAUGCCAAACACCACAAAAGAAAAGAAUUCUUCAUCCGCGGAAGAUUUCUUCAUUGAAGUCAUUCUCCAGAGACAUGCACGAAGACUACUGCAAGAGAAGAAAGUCGAGGAUUUAGGGAAGAUGAGUGCUGCUCUGGACUUUCACCUUGUUGGUUGGUUAGCCCGUGAACACGAUCGAGCUGCAAGAAUAGAGGAUUUUGUGGCUGUUUUAAAACAAUUGCAUGCAGAUUUAGAUUGGCCUAAACCCAAUACCGAGCUGACGAUGGAUGAAUUGGAAGUUAAAGGUCAACAAGAAUCACCUUGCCUGUCGUUAGAUUGUUCAACUAAAGUCAACAAUAUUGGUGCAAUCGACUCCGGGUAUUCAAGUUUACCCAAUUCCAUAGAUUUAAAUCUAACAAACCCAUCAGAUGUAGCGAAAUACAAUCUCCCUCGCACGAAUAGCAUUUCGAAUACAAUCCCGUUAGCACUGCCAUGCAUUAACGAAGAAUAUUCCGUGGCCAAGAUCGAUAACAAAACGGUGGCAUCAAGUAAACCAACAGAUUUGAAUAGUGUUUGCUCAAAUGAGACAUCAAUAUUUAGCACGGACAUACCGUUAUCUGCCUCCACUGAGAUGUACUACACGGUGCCAAGCAUCGAAUACCGAAAACGGCGGGAGAGACUCGUGCCACAUAAGUUGGAAGUAAAAAUACGUUAUCUGCUCCAGAUAUUCACCGAAGCGAAUUGCCUAGAAUACUCAUUGGUGCUCUCGAUUCUACUGCUGGACGCGGCAUCGAUCAGUCGGAUAACAAAUACGGCGAUUAGAUCUGGAUCACUGCAAGCGUGCCGCCAGAUACGGAAUGGUUUGAAAGACAUAACGCGAUGGAGUUUCCAUGAAUGUUUCGGCUACCGAUCGUUCAUGAUGAAACUGCAGCCUCAAAUUAAUCUUUUGGAUCAGUUUGUCAUACAGCAAGAGUCAAUUCCAGCCCUGGAGCCUGAAAUGCAGCCCACAGUGUCUAACGAGAGUACUGAUCGUCCCCUUGAGGCUCGAACACCCACCAGUAGUUCCAUACAUUUAGAUGUUGAAAAUGCGAAUAGAAACGAUAAAUGCGCGGUGCAAUCGAACGAUUCCCGUGUGUAUUCGGAAACGAAAACUUCUGUUCAUCCGAAAUUAAGUAAAAGUGCUUCCCUCGAUGAAUCUUUGCUCAGCGGUAACAGACAUGAUGAAGAGAAUGAGAAAGGCAUGAACUGUGUUGUGAUGUAACUGUUGUUUGUUACGAAAGGUGUUGAAGCGGAAACCGUGUUUUCAAUCCUCAUUAGAUGAAGACUUAAUUAUAAAUGAGAGAAAUUAUUAAUAACAUUUAAGUACCUAACUCAAUUAUUAAUAUUUGUAUAUUUCUGUUAAAUAAAAACAAAAUUAAUUUUUUUAAAACACCACAUUGUAUGAACGUAACAUUUUUAUAGAUUAAUUAAAAUGAUAUUUCUUAAUAU